CCUUGGAAAAGGGACGGGAACAGGCGAAUGGGAGGGAGAUAAUGAAUCAUUCAGAUGUUGCUGGACGGCUUCGGAGGGCCAAGAUCCCGAGUCAUGAGUGGCUCGGUAGACUGUGGAGAAUGGAGCUAAGCCUCGGGCAUUUCUGCUGCAGACAAGGGUGUGGAUUCGAUGUGUGUAUGUGUGUACAUAGUUUCCGGCGGUAUAUGCAGCUUUGUUGAAGGAUUCCUAGAGUUUUGGUUUUGUCUGUCUGGAAACCCGAAUAGCGAGAGACUACAAGUUGUAGCAGUUGUGCUCGUGAUACCGUGCUCCGUACACGUGUACAUAGUAGCUGAGGGGAACAUGAGACCAAGUGAAGGAGGAGAAGAAAGUCAAAAUGAUGGUUUAGUUGGAAUAGAGUUCGUAGCCGCUGGCGGAGAGGCUGACCUCUUGCUACUAUUGUCUUGAAGCGGCGAAAUUACCUGUUACCAUGCUCUGUAUUUCGAAGUAGUGCACAAACUUGAGUAACAUUGGUUGGAAUUGCACAAAUCAUGCAUGCAUAGCAUAGUACCGAUGCUCAAGUUGUCCGGCUUGCAUACUUACCACGGCAGAGAGGCAGAGAGGCUACGGAGUAGAACUAGGAGAUAUACCCGCCAGUUUAUGCAUCAAAGUCCAACACGCGAGGGACUCCUAUGCACAGACCCGUCCGAUAUAUGCAACUUGUGACGGC